AUGUCCUACUACUACGAGCAGUGCAAGCAGCCCUGCCUGCCCCCUGCCUGCCUGCAGAAGUGCGCCAAGUGCCCGCAGCCCUGCGCCACCCAGUGCGUCGAGGUCUGCCAGGCGCCCUGCGCCACCACCUGUGUCACCCAGUGCGUGGAGCCCUGUGCCACCCAGUGUGCCACCAGCUGUGCCCCACAGUGCGUGGACGUCUGCGCCAAGCCCUGCUCCAGCCAGUGCGUGGAGGUCUGUGCCCCUCAGUGCGUGGACGUCUGUGCCACCCAGUGUGCCACCAGCUGUGCCCCGCAGUGCGUGGACGUCUGUGCCACCCAGUGUGCCACCAGCUGUGCCCCUCAGUGUGUGGAUGUUUGUGCCACCCAGUGUGCCACCAGCUGUGCCCCGCAGUGCGUGGACGUCUGUCCCGCCCAGUGCCCCGAGCCCUGUGCCACCAAGUGCGUGGAGCAGUGCCAGACCGAGGUUUGCAGCACCAAGUGCGUGGAGUCGUGCGAGGCCGUGUGCCUGGAGCCCUGCUCCCGCCCCUGCUGA